CCUCCGUCCGCGUCCGGCUAUUGUUGUGUGUCUCUCACGGGGAACCUCGACCCGGCGGCGGGCGCUGGUUUUCGGGGAUAUCGUUUCCGCUUCUCUCUUCGCCACAUUACUCGGUGUUCGUGCGGCGUGUGCUCGGGUUUAAAAAGGAACAAAUCCCGGAUCCCCAGCGGAGGAGUUCGGGGCUGGAGAAGUAGUGAAUCGGUAUGGGACAGACGGAAGACUGAGAUUCCACGUUCGAGAGAGAGAGAGAGAGAGAGAGGGAGAGAGAGAGAGAGAGGGAGAGAGAGGGAGAGAGAGAGAGGGAGAGAGAGAGAGAGAUAGAGAGAGAGAGAGAGAGAGAGAGAGAGAGAGAGAGAGGGAGAGAGAGAGAGAGAGAGAGAGUUGCUCGUGUCGCCUGUUUCCACACUUCUUUGGGUCGUCGACGUGAAAUCAGAAAGAAGUUUUCCAAAAACACGAAAGACCGGAGGACGCAUGUGGCCGAAGUCCAACACUGCCGAGGUCGCUUGAAGUUGUGGCGGCAUGGUUUUUCCUCUCCCCGUUCAGCGGUGAUGGAGCGAGACUGGGUUCAGUCACAGUGCAACAGACCACCUGACCGCACCUCGCUGUGACGCCGAGUGUCAUCUGAGGUUCAAGUGACUUAGCGGGCGCUGAGUCGAUGAGGGCGUGUCGCUUCAGCUACCGGCUUAACGAUGGGUUGUGUCAGGAGUAAAGAGGACAAGGGCCCGGCGCCGAAGUCCCGACCCGACAACUCGAACGCAACGCCGGUCAACGCCCACCUGGGCCACUACGGGCCCGACCCCACCCUGAUGGGUCAUUCGCCAGCUAUGAAGACGCACAACAAUAGCUACAACAGUCACGCCGCCGCACUCACGCCCUUCGGCGGGGCGUCCACGGCCAUGACGCCCUUCGGCGGCGCCUCCACCUCCUUCACCUCGGUGGCUGUGAGCAGUCCCUUCCCCGGUGUCAUCACAGGUGGUGUCACAUUUUUCGUGGCACUGUACGACUACGAAGCAAGGACGUCGGACGAUCUGUCAUUUAAAAAAGGCGAUCGCUUCCAGAUCAUCAACAACACGGAAGGCGACUGGUGGGAGGCUCGCUCCAUCAACACCGGACAGAAAGGUUACAUCCCCAGCAACUACGUGGCCCCAGCAGACUCCAUACAGGCUGAAGAGUGGUACUUUGGUAAAAUGGGCCGCAAAGACGCCGAGCGUUUGUUAUUGCUCCCUGGGAACCAGCGGGGCACUUUCUUGGCCCGAGAGAGUGAGACGACCAAAGGUGCCUACUCUCUUUCUAUCCGGGACUGGGAUGAGGUGAAGGGAGACAACGUCAAACACUACAAGAUCCGAAAGCUGGACAAUGGUGGUUACUACAUCACCACUCGGGCUCAGUUUGAGACGCUACAGAAGCUGGUGAAACAUUACACAGAACACUCGGACGGUCUGUGCUACAGGCUGACGUCUGUGUGUCCGACGGUGAAGCCUCAGACUCAGGGACUGGCCAAGGAUGCCUGGGAAAUCCCGCGAGAGUCACUCCGACUGGAGGUCAAACUGGGCCAGGGCUGCUUCGGAGAAGUCUGGAUGGGCACAUGGAAUGGCACCACUAAAGUGGCGAUCAAGACCCUGAAGCCCGGCACCAUGUCUCCAGAGGCCUUCCUGCAGGAGGCCCAGAUCAUGAAGAAGCUACGACACGACAAACUGGUGCCUCUCUAUGCCGUGGUGUCCGAGGAGCCCAUCUACAUCGUCACUGAGUAUAUGGGCAAAGGUAGUUUACUGGACUUCCUGAAGGAGGGCGACGGUAAAUAUCUGAAGCUGCCGCAGCUGGUGGACAUGGCUUCACAGAUCGCAGACGGCAUGGCCUUCAUCGAGAGGAUGAACUACAUCCACCGGGACCUGAGGGCUGCCAACAUUCUGGUGGCGGACAACCUGGUGUGUAAGAUCGCCGACUUUGGCCUGGCUCGGCUCAUCGAGGACAACGAGUACACCGCCAGACAAGGUGCUAAAUUCCCCAUCAAGUGGACGGCCCCCGAAGCGGCCCUUUACGGCCGCUUCACCAUCAAAUCAGACGUCUGGUCGUUUGGUAUACUACUGACUGAACUGGUGACCAAAGGCAGAGUGCCAUACCCAGGUAUGGUGAAUCGAGAGGUACUCGAGCAGGUAGAAAGAGGGUACCGCAUGCCCUGCCCCCAGGGCUGCCCCGAGUCCCUCCACGACAUGAUGAGGCACUGCUGGAAGAAGGAGCCGGACGAGAGGCCCACGUUCGAGUACAUCCAGUCCUUCUUGGAAGACUACUUCACAGCCACAGAGCCACAGUACCAGCCGGGGGACAACCUCUAGUCUGAACUCUGUCACCACAGAGAAGUGCAUCAGCGGAGCUCGAAACACGGGACGACACAGAAGUUCGAUAUCAGGCUGCGGAUACUUUGCCGAAGCUGCUGAGAAUGAGGUCUUACAAACUAGUCCACAACCACACUGGCGUACGUGCAAAUGCAAAUGCAAAAAAAAAUUCUGAAGAAGAGGUUUGUCCCCUUGUGUACCUGGGGACCAAGUAUUCGAGGAUGGCGUCCAAGUGUGCAGAUUGGUGCUGGUACGUUAAGCUCUGGGAACCUGCUAAUCAGAAUUAUGGACUGGCCACAACGCUGUGAUCGAAAAGAGAGGGAACUUCUCCUGAUUACAAAUCUUUUUUAUCUUUAAUCUUUUUAUAAAUGAUAGAUUCCCCCUAUCUUCCCCCGUUUUUAUUUUAUUUUAUUUUACAAACACAAUUCUUUGACAUUUGGAAUCCAGAUCUUUUAUAUGUACGUACAUGAGUUUGGUUUGAAUAUGUAGGUUUAUGAGUAUGUUUUUAGUUUUUAGUUUUUUUCAAGUGACCAACAACUGUGGUUGAAUUGUGAAGUAUGUGCUGUGACUGUAAAGCUCUGCCGCAGAAGGGUGAGGUGAAGUAAAUGGUGGGAGGGAAAAAAAAAUAAGGAUGGAUGCAAGAAUGUACCGAGAUCAAACCAGAUGUUCCCACAGUAUGUUGCAAAGAGUGAAUCUUCAGCAGGUGUGAUCGGGUGGACGAAUGAGAAUACGAAAGUGAUUUGCAUGAUUCUUUUUAACCACGGUCACUUUGGAUGCUUCUACUUAAUUUUUCUUUUCAUUUAAAUGGGAUCUUUGAAUCAUUAAGGCGUAUUUUGAUAUUUCACAGAUGUUAAGAAACAGUUUUCCUGUUUUAGCAUUUUAUAAAUGUUUCCAAACGGAAUCUUCCGCUGUGAAACGUAAUGGAAUCGUCUUUUCUUCGGUGCACAACUCCUAUUGGCUGUAAACGGACUCUAACAAUGGUUCACCUUUUUUUUUUUUUAUAUUGCACACAUCUACACAGUUUAAUGAUGCAGUAGAUGAGUCAACCCCGGAUCAGUGGAACAGGCAACUGUUCAGAUGUGUUUAAAAUUCACUUCUUCGUGUAACUCAUUCAUGCAGCUGUAAUGUUUCCUUCUUUUCCUGUCAGUAAAAUCCCACCAAUGAUGACUAGACACCAACUGCAGCUUCUGUGUCUGCCGUGUCUGGGAAAGUUAUAUCCCAAGUCAACUUUGCAAAACAUAUGUGUUAAUUUAUAAAUGCUACUAUGCAAGAAAAACAUCCAGCGAUGUUUACUGGAACAUCCCAUGGUGGUCAUUUGCCUGUGCGGAGCUCUCCUUCAUCAUAUGGUUUUCUAAUUUUAUUUCCCAGUGGUGGACGUGAUGGAUCACUUCUGGAACGAAACGACUCGAAGCAGACGGAAACGAAACACCUUGCACACGCUGUGCUGCAGAUGGGGCGUUAGUGCUUUAUAGAGAUUGAGAAUAUAAAAAAAAGUCCAAUAGCAAGUUUUAAGCGGUACUUUCCACUGUCUGUGUGACGAGAGAUCUGAAAGGAUGUAAUUCAGCGAGAAAGCUUCGGGAUUGGACAAAGAUGUGAACUUUUUUUUGUCAUUUUUCUUUCUUUGCGUCACUCACGAGAACCUAAUAUGUGACUGUUCCUACAGGCGGGGACUUGACCUAGUGGGGAGAUGAUGAUAAUAAUGAAAUUACUGAGGAUGAUAACUAAUAUGAUUUUGUACAGAAGAAAAUAAAAAGUUCUACACAAA